CUCAAAGUGGGUGUUUCUGUAUAUGAGGGUGUUUGUAUAUCAUGUAUACUGUUUGUAUUGUAAUAUGUGUAUAUUGUUAAUACAGUGCAUGUGUCUAUUGUGUAUAGGCUAUAUUGUAUACUUGUUAUCCACACUGUUACGCUGUGGAGACUGCAGAUUUUCCUCACCUUUAGACUGUUGUGAAAAUGAAGUGAUUUGUUACAUCAGCUCAGUUAUCUCCUAUGCAUGUCGUCCUCAAGCGCCACAAAAGAGACAAAAGGGAGGAGGGGAAGCCUUGAUAUAGACAUUCCAAAUUUCUCUUUGAGAAGGAUGGUGUUGGUGGGAAUGACUGGAGCAGGUAAAAGCUCUUCUGGAAACACAAUCCUGGGCAGAGAAGCCUUCAGAGUCGCCAAAAGUGCUUCAUCUGUUACUAAAGAGUGUGGGAAAGAGACCGGAGAAGUGGCUAGGAGAGAAAUUACAGUGGUAGAUACACCGGGUAUGUUUGACACAGAUAUUUCAGAGGAGGAGCUUCUGAAACAGAAGAUCAGUAAGUGUAUAAACAUGACGGCACCUGGACCUCACGCCAUCCUCCUGGUCAUUAAACUGGGUCCGUUUACUGAAGAGGAGAAGAUGUCAGUGGAGAAGAUCAGAGCCAUAUUUGGAGAAGAAGCAGAUAAACACACAAUCAUCCUCUUCACUCAUGGUGAUAAGCUGACAGACAGCACUAUUGAGAAACACAUCAGUGAAGCCGGUGAAGACCUGAAAGAAAUCCUGAGGCGCUGUGGGGGAAGAUAUCAUGUGUUCAACAAUAAAGACAUGGAGGAUCGUAAUCAGGUUGUGGAGCUCCUGGAGAAGGUAGACGACAUGGUUGCUGCCAGUGGAGGUGGAUUUUACACCAAUGACUCUUACCGGGAAGUGGAACUCGUGCUGAAAACUAAAGAAGAGGAACUUAGUCAAGAAUAUGAGGAGAAACUACAAAAGAAAAAGAAAGAACUGGAGUCCAGAUUCACUGAAGAGAAGAAACUGGAUGAUAUAUUGAAUGAGUACAAGCGUUAUUAUAAAGCAAAGCUCAAAGAGUUCAGACUGGAGGUAGAAUGGACUUAUACUCAUGACAAUAUACUGAUAAAGAUCCUUACCAAGUUAAAAGGCCUCAGAUAAUUGUCGAAUUUAAAGUCGGCAUGAAAUCAAAACCUAUUUACAACCCUAUUUACUUUGUUAGUGCAUAUUACUAGUCUUGUGGUAAACAAUUAAUCCGUGCAAGUUAUUACACAGAAAAAAAUGUUUGUCGUGGUAAUCUUUAAUCAAAAUCUGAAAAGUUACUUCCGGUCUGGAAUGGCGUUCCUUCCCAGAUGACGUCAGUUUGACAGCUUGGGUUGAAAACGCUUAAACAACUCCCCUUCAACCGUUAGUCUGCUAUGAGCAAGAUAUGGAGAGGAGGAGCGCUAAAGUAAAACCCUGCCCUCUAUUCAAUAUUCCGUUUCACUUGGAAAUACGUCACAACACUGGAGAAAAGUCGUUUGCAACUUCCGGUUCACGGGGACUUAAAAAAGAAAGAAAAAAAAAGUCAAAUUUUGAAUCACAUUCCUGUUAUAUUGUCAGUCUUAAAUCAUAAGGCUUAUGAAGAGUGUACAGUAUUACUUGUAAUUAACCAUUUGUAUGUAAAUCUCGCUAGUGAGCAGGCUAUACAAUAGGUGGUGUUUUUAGUGUUUCAGGCAGGUUUUUGAGCCCGUAAGUCACGACUUCAAACCAUGACUCGCGACUUUGUAGCGUUCCGGCAAAAUCACGCCAAACUGCCUGAGCGCAAGGAAUUGUGGUAGCUAGAUGUAAACAAAUCAGCAUGGCAGACCAUACAGGGCUUAUGCUCAUUUACAAUAAUUUCUAUCGCCAAAGGUUCUUAAUCCUUGCUUAUUUGAGGGAAACAGAGGAGGGAAAAUGGCUUUUAGUUUACAUUAUUUGUAUAUUUGGAAAUGUAUUUGGAAUUAAUUUAUUCUUGCACUCAAUGGACUGAAAACUAGCUAACGCUAGAAUAGCUGCUGAUAAUGCAUAACAUUUGCAGAUAUGUGUACCACUUGCAUAAACAUCGCAUCCGUAGGGGCUGCCAUUGUUGUUUCACGGGCUUGGUGAUGUCGAGGGCGGAACUGGGAGUACAUCGAUCUAGUACGAUUUCACGGGUGGGAAGUCAGGGGUUUGACUGCUGUUCCAGUGCACUUUGAGGUGUAGAAGUUUGGAAAAACAUGGGUUACGGGUUGCCUGGAACGCAGCAUCAGUGCUUAGAUGGCUAGAAGAUUACGUCAGUAUGCCACAGAUGGGUGUGACUAACAGUUCUGGCGCAAACGACCCAAAAAUGACAAACAAGCAAGCUGAAACUUCGGAGGAACGGGCCAAACUUCUCGCUUCAUUAAAAAAGGACAUUGCAACAUGUUCACGAUCAGAGUUUAAAUUUACUCUUACAAGUGAGUUUGAGGACAUUAAAUCUGAAGUAAAGGCCGUUAAAACUGAAGUUGUCAGCAGAAUUGACCUGUUACGCACUGAUCUAGAAUCCAUUAGGAAAACGAUAACUGAAAUGGAAGAAGGCCUCAGCGCAUGCUCUGAUGAGAUAACAGGUCUACACAAAUCUGUGUGCAAGAUGGAAUCAGAGAUUGCUAACCUGCAGGAAAAAUGUCUUGACAUGGAGUGACGAAUGAGGAGAUGCAGCGUUCGGUUAAUGAAUAUUGCAGAGACACCGGGCUCAAGUACUCCUGCAUCUGUCUCUAAACUGUUUAAGGAAGUAUUAGGUAUGGAAACUGAGAUCCUAAUUGACAGAUUGCACCGUGAAACUCAACUCAAACAACCUGGCAGCAAAACCUCGAGUGAUAGACACUAGCCAAGGCUGUGCACAAGUUCUCCGCUGGGCUAGGGAAAUUGCUCCUCUGCAGUACAACGGAGCCAGGAUAUCCAUAUUCCCGUACUUUCCUCCAGCUGUGGAAAGUGCAAGAGCAGCAUUUAAUGAGGUCAAGAAAUUACUACGAGGAUGAGAUGGCAUUCGUUAUGGUGUCCUUCAUCCAGCCAAACUCCAACAGGUUUGAGAAAGAAUAUAAAGAUGAUUUAAUGUGAAAUCAAACCUCACUGUUAUUAAGGAUGUUUAACAGAUGUAAUAGGGCCUGGUCAUGUUCUCCUGAUAGUGUAAAUGUAUGUGUUUUUUUUUUUUUUUUUUUUCAUUAUUAUUAUUAUUAUUAUAGAGUAAAUUUACCAAAGCCAUCAGACUAUGAAGAACCUGUAAUAAUAAGCUAGGAUGAAGCUGACACACUGAUUAUUAACAUCGGUUAAGUUUCUCUUUUUGUAAAUUAUCCUGUUAUAAUAAUCCGUUAUUGUUAAAGGGUUAGUUCACCCAAAAAUGAAAAUUCUGUCAUUAUUUACGUUCUACCCCAAUAAGACCUUCGUUCAUCUUCAGAACACAAAUUAAGAUAUUUUUGAUAAAAUCCGAGAGGUAUCUGACUCGUCCAUAGACAGCAAUAUAAUCAACGCUUUCAAGAUCCAUAAAGGUAUUAAAGACAUUGUUAAAACAGUAUAAACAGUAUAUAUACAUAUAUAUAUAUAUAUAUAUAUAUAUAUUUGCAAAAAGCAAUUCACAUGUGCAAAAUAAAAUUAUAUAUUCAUAAAAUACAUUUCACAAAUGCAAGACACAACUCGUAGAUAUGCAACUGUGCACAAAAAACUUUUGAAUGUUUAAAAUUUAUGAGUUUAUCCUUGAUUUGUGUGUGUGUAUUUUUGAGACUUCCUUGGCAGCGCUUUCCCCUCACCAGGGCUGCGUUCAGCCCCGACGAAAUGUUGCGAAAUGUUUUUUAAACGGAAACGGUGGUGCGUUGAACACUCCGUUCUGAUGACGCAAGAGUUGCUACUAUGGCAGCUGAGAAGGCCAUUCUUUGUGUUCUUUUUGAAGAAUUUUCGGAGGCUGAUGAAAUCGGUGUAAAUAUAUACGUGUUUAAUACUGCAAAAAAACGCUCGAUGUUACAGUCACUGCGCUUGCCGUCCAGAAUAAAGAGAACAUCCCAAUCGAGUGAAGGGAUUUGUGGAAAAUGUGGUUCCUAAUUAUUGUGAUCCAACAUUUGCCUCGCAUUUCAGGAUGAAAAGAAAAACAUUUCAGAUGAAGGAUAAUCUCUGAGACUGUUAUGAUCUAUAUUAUUUUUAUUGUGAGUAUUAGGCUUAUCAUUAAUGCUGAUUACUGUUGUUGUGCUAUGAUAUUGUAAUUACCAUUAUAUAAUCAAAGGAGUAUAGAAAGUUUAUGAAAGUAUCACUCCAAAAUACAAUAGCAAAGCAUAGUAUUUUUAUGUAACAUUCAUACCCAUUGUGCGAGCUGUCUCUUUAAUACCGCGUGGUUUAUAUACAUGUUGUUGCUGAUUGGGCUGACAUUUCUGAUACACCCACCAAACAAGAGAAAACGUAUCUCAAACCCGUUGCACACCGUUUCCAGGAAACAUGUCGUUCAACCAGGAAACCGUAGCAAAACGUUGCGCACCGGUUUGAGCUUGAACGUGCCCCUGGAUCAGUUGUACUGUUUAGCCAAUCAGAUUUAAGCUUAUCAAUCGACCAAUCAUAAUCACAUGAGGGCCUACACUGUAAAAAAUGAAUGUGAUUUUAACAGUAAAAUAUUGUAAAAACGCUACGGAAAAAAUUGUAAAUAGGUUAACAGUAAGUUCCAGUACUAUAUACAGGGAAAAACUGUAAAAGCUCUUACCAGACAUUUUAUGUAAUUUUCACAGUAAAAUGCUGUAAAUUUUACAAUUUUUAGAAGUAAAAAAGAACAAAUCAAUGUAUAAUUUACAGUCAAAAAUGAAUGUUUAUUGCAUUAUGUAAGUGUUGUGGGUUACCAUGAUGGUGUUUUGCGUUUGCGUGAAUGACUCGUGGAAAAGCUAUUUGUGAUGAACUCUGAUUCUUCAUGUGGCUUUCUCUUUUACCACCUGCAUUAUUAUGGUGGUUGUCAGUAUAUGUUAAAGUUACAAAACAGAUUUUAGUAGUAGUGUGCAUUGUUGAAUUUACUUGUUUACAUUCAAAUUUUCUUGUUUGUAAAUUACAGUUUUAUACUGUAAAACUGACAGUUUGUUCUGUAAAUGUGUUUACAGUUUUUCUGUAUUUUUUACAAAAUUAUUCUGGCAACCACAGCUGCCAAAAUUAUUUUGUAAAAACUACGGAAUAUUUUUUACAGUGUACCUCUGUGUUACGUCAUCAGCUUAAGACCACAGUUCAUGUUAUGGCUGAGCACUGAGAGGUCUGUGCAGUUUGAUCGGUUCAUUUCUAUUUACUGAAGUUAAAGAAGUUCAGUUGAAGCUAAAAUUUAUUAACUGCACUUCAGUCCAUGUGUGAAUAUAAACAUUUAUAGUAUUGUAGUAUAUAUAGUAUUGAUGGAUUCUUAUGUUUACAUCAAAAAGAAUUAUUCAUGUGCAUACCACACAACGUUAGGAUUUAAGAUUCAUAAAAUGAGAUGAGAUGUUGAAUUAUGGGUGCAACGGAUCGUAGUUGAUCCGUGAUCUGUACAAAUCAGGCCUCAUGGUUCGGAAUGCACGUGAUUCGCAGAUUAACUGCAUUUAGCCAUUAUUAGUGAAUCUUACCAAUUUAAAACACUCAAGCAUUUUUAAACAAUUCAAAUGCCAAGAAGAGGCAAAAUUCACCAUCACACGUCGUUUUCUGUGCACUCAAAGCACGCGUGUUUACAGAGGUGCAUUUGAGAUGGUGCACGAACACAUAAUCAAGCUCUGUUUCGCGACUCCUUGAGCUCGAACUGACGCGUGUGCCAUGUCUCAAAAUGGGUUAAGACAUGCUUUUUUUGGGUGUUAAAUAAUGGCGCAAAUACCAGUAAAUUGAUGAGUGCUAUCAUUAGUAAAUUGCGUUGUGAUUGAUUUUAAUACUCCUACAAAUGCAUAUGCAAUAAGGUCAGCCGCAAAAACAACUCAGUCCAUGCCUUUUCAGUGCUAAUUUUGCACUGUGUGUCUUUAGAAAAUUCUGCCUUUAGAAAAGUGUUUUUAAUGAGGGUUUGCGCUGGCGCAAGCAGUUUGUAAGUCUGGCCCAUAAAGUCUUAAUUGUGAAACUGGAUCACAGAACCGGUCAUAAGGGUCAAUUUUUUGAAAUUAAGAUUUAAACAUCAUCUGAAAGCUAAAUAAAUAAGCUUUCCAUUGAUGUAUGGUUUGUUAGGAUAGGACAAUAUUUGGCCUGAAAAUCAAUGUAUUGUUGGCUCCUGCUACUAACAUACCUGUGUGACUGGUUUUGUGGUCCAGGGUCACAACUGAACCUAAACAGCUGAAAAAUCAGAUGUGUUUUGGUUCCAUGCAUGUAGUGACAGCAGCCUAAAAAUAACUGCCAUGUCAUGAAUUGUCCAACAACAAAAUAUAGCUUUAACAAUGAUUAAUCUAUAUUUUAUUAAUACAGUGAACACUGAGCAUGCAGUGCAAUUACAAUUAUAUUUAUAUUUAUUAUAUUUCUAUACCUGAACACUAGGCUACUGUUAGACCUAUUUGUAACUGUUCUAUGGUAUCUUUCUGUUUUAAUUUGUGUAGCCUAUUCUUAUUUUUACUGUGUUCAUUUGUCUUUAAUAAUGUUUGAACUUUAUUAGUUAGGAGUUUUUGCUGUGGUAUCAAAGUACUUAAAGUGUUCUUUAAGUAACAGAUGGGAAGCAAAGUUAAAUUUGUGUUAAAACCAUCCAUUUUCAUGUAUGUAUGUAUGUAUAUUGCCUAUGUAUUUAUUAAUUUAUUUAUUGGCUGAUCCGAACAAUGAUCCGAUCUGUGUCUCGAUAACUGUAAUAUGAUCUGAACUGUGAGUUUUGUGAUCUGAUGCACCACUAUGUUGUUUAUAAACAGACGAUUUACUGGUGUGCGAUAGAUAUCGUCAUUGUUUUAUUAAUAUGAUAUCAAUGAGGAAAAAAUUAUUUGUGUUGUUUUUCCUGUAUAAUAUAUACAGGAAUCAUAAUAUAUGCAGAUAUAGUAUGUGAAUUACUAUUCUUAUAAGAGCAUUACAAAAUCAUGUGAAAAUGCCAACGUAUUUAGAUAAUUCUCACUCUUUGCCUUACAAAUAUAAUACAUUUGAAUUCAAACAUGCCUGUAUGGCCUUAUGCGAUUCCAUUAUGGUACAAUGUUGCCUUGAGGCAACACACAGUUUUUCGUUAUUUUCUCUAAAACAUUUGAUGAUAUAUAAUGUAAAGUUCUUAAAAAUACUUCUUUACUUGCCAGUGAAGGUGACUCGUAUUUUUUGUGGGUGAUUAAAUGGAUACAAACAAGUGAAAAAAGCACUUUUCAUUGGAGAAAAUAUGGAGUCAUGUGACAUGUGCACCUGUGCUGAAACAGGACACAAAACGGACCCCUAUUGGUCUUUUUUGCACUUUUAUUGAUUAGUAAUUGAGUUAUUCUGUCCUGAGAUAUGUUUGAUCAAUCAAUUGGUGCAUUAUUUUAUUAAAAAUGUAUUACUUAAAUAGACCGUGUUGCCUGGAGGCAACACCGUACCACUGUGCGAUCUGAAAUUAUCGAAUAUGUCCCUCACUUCACAAAAACACACAUAGAGACUGCACACAUACACUAUGCUAUACGUGAUAUACCCUGUGUCUCAAUCAGCUCCCUAUAGGCUGUGAAUCAGUGUACUGUGGAAAUGAAUGUGGCCGACUCCCUGAUCAGUGCCCUGACUACUGAACAAGGAGCUGAUUGAGAUGCACCCAUAGUCUAGUACUUUAGACUAGCGCUUGCACAUUUAGAUACUUUCACUGCGUGAUAAAGUCUAUUAAAAUGCAUUUAGAAUGCACAAAAAUACCUCUUUAUAUAAUUUAUAUUUAUAUCAUUUAUAUCACAUGAAGAGUGCCAAUUUUUUUCUCCAAAUAUCAGCAUUUUAUUCAAGUUCAGUAAAUAAAGAAGUUAAUAUUAAGUGACUGUGACACAAUAUUGCCUGUUUUUGCUCUAUUUUGCCACAGAAAAUAGCUAACAUAAUGGUAAUGAACAGCUAACAUUAACAGUGACUUGCUGCCACAUUCAAAGUAUCUUUUCUUUUUUUUAAAUAAUUUAAAAAUAUAAAUAUUCAAUGGUUUGUUUAAAACAUUUAUGCAUUUAGGUUAUUCAUUUAUGUCACCUCUGAGCUGCAUUAAACAGUCAUGCAUUUAAAUGCCACUGCAGAUGCAGCUUCUGUGUUUCCUCUGCUUUGUAAAGAUGAAUUCUGUUGAUACUGAUUUCAUUUGAUUGGCAACAGCCCUAUUGUGUCUUAUUAUUCUGAAUUUAUUAAUUGAAAUGUAAGAAUUUGACAAAAAAGAUGAUGCAUAUAUUUAUUUAGGUUUAAAAAUGACUUUAUCAAUUGGUAAAAAUGCCCAUAAAAGGUAAAAAUUAAUUUCAUUUUAUUGGAAAAGAUCAUAUUUUUCACACGGUCUCUUGUAGCAUUUUGUUUGUUGUACCUGUAUGUCCUGUCCUGUACACCACCAGCCAACUGAUGAUGAUAAUGUAUGUAAUGACGUGCACACACUGGAGAACAUUUAUGUUUCAUCUUUUUUGUUUUAAGCUGCAUAUAUAGGUAGAUUUAUUGUUUUAGAUUUCCAAGGCAGAUGAAUGAAUUAAGUUGCAGAGACAACCAGUACCUUGAUGUUAUUCUUACUGUAAUUCUUUCAAAACAGUCAAGUUGCAAGCAUCAUGUAUUGUUAUUCAUUUGUAUCCUGCUGACUAUAUGUCCACGCUCAAGGAAUAAAGCCCUGCUAUGCAUUAUUAAAUGUUCUUCUUUUAUGUCAGAGUUAAAGGGUUAGUUCACCCAAAAACGAAAAUUCUGUCAUUAUAUAUUCAC